GGCGGAUGUGGCUUCAGAGACUGGCGGAAGCAGCCGUCGGACCUAACAGGAUGGGGGUGAAGCUGGAGGUUUUUCGGCACAGUACUGGCACAGACUUGUUGAUUGAAUAAGUGUGCUAUAGUGGAAAAGGCCCUCCACUCACAGUGAAGAAUGCCCGGGCUCAGAUCCUCGCCCUGUCACUUACCAUCCUUCUAUCCUGGGGCAAUAAUAAUUGACAGAUUUCACCUUAGUGUUUGCAGAGUGUCGUUGGGACACCUGCCUCGUGAGAUGACGUUGUACCUCACCUUCCCGGUGGCCAUGUUCUGGGUGUCCAACCAGGCUGAAUAUUUUGAGGAAUAUGUCAUCCGGCGCAAGCAGGAAAUCUUCCCUCCGGAGCGAGAAGACCAGCGGCGGGAGCUGGAAGACUUCAAGGAGCGAAUGCGGAAGCAGCGUGAAGAGAGACUCCGCCGGACUUCCCAGCAGUGACCUGGGCUGUAUCUGGAAAUCAGUGCACCCCGUCUCUCCCCCAAAACCUGGCUGCUGCACAGCAGGGCUACAGGAUUGGGGCUCCUGCCGUCCCCACCUUCUGCUGAGGCACUCUGGAGGCCACCAUCCCCUGCUCAGUCCCUGGCUCCCCCAUGGCCCUGCAGACGUUUAUGGCCUCGAGAUCUCCCCUGCCCUGGACCGGCUGGUCAGAUGCAUUGCCCAAACACACAUCAACCCUGUGCCCUUCCCCCACUUUGGUCCCUGGCUUUCAGGGCUCUACCUAGGAACCAUUCAGGGAUCAGUGUCUGAGUCCAAAGAGAGCAGAGAGAAAACCUUGUAUUUUUCUAUCCUGAUUCUUUAAGCCAAUGACAAUAACAACUCAGUCUGACCCCUA